AUGCCAAUUCCAUUCAAGGACAACAACCUUGACGGUUUAAAAACUAGCCCAUAUCAGAUAAGCCACAGGGAUAGGGCCGCUUCCAAUAAGAUUUUAGAUGCUCUACAGAAGGAAGGACAAAUUGAACCAGUCCUAGAAAGACGACAUCUUCAAGGCGGUUGA